AAAUAUAGCUCCACUUCGGAGCCUCUUCAGCGGCAAACAGCCAUAGGGACACACAAGAGGGCAGCCCCACCCUCCUGUCUGAUCCUCCCGCCGCCACCACUACCACUGUUGCUGCUCUCAACGACCACCCAAUGCCCGGCAUGGCGCCGCCGGCCACUUCGGCUGCGGCUGCACUCAGGCGGUCACAACAGCUACAGGCACAGCCUCAGCCAAAGACCGGCAACCUACGGCAGAGCAAUCCACCUCCAGCCACCGCAUCCUCUUCCAAGAAGCAACUGCAGCAACAGUCUACUACCUCCACCGCAGGCCCCUCUCGGUUAGCAAAGCAGAGCACAGGGACGACGUCCAGUAGCCGCGAGGCUUCAGAUAUGGAGACGACGUCCGAGGAGGAAGACGAUGAUGAUGAUGACGACGACGAUGAAGAGGAGGAAAUGGCAUUGCAGAUGGAUGGACAAGAUCUAUGGACGCAAAACUACUGCUCCGUAUGUGACUGUCUCAUCGAGCCAGGUCAAGGGGUAGGCCCCUCUGGCAGCCAGAUCAAAGCCAACAAGGGGUCUCGCAUCGUAGACGAUGACCCCCCUCUUCCUCUGUCUGCUUCACGGUUGCCAAAGAAGAACUCUUCUGCUACCUCUUCCGUCUCCUCUGGACUACACAGCAGCGCCAGUACCAUCAAGAGUCGGCCUCCCUCGUCAGAAGGGAAACUCAAACGCAAUGGAUCCAGUGGCAAGCUAGCAGGGGCUGCCAUCCGGCGAAACGGCAGCGCAGGCUCCCGUUUGAAUGCCUUGAGCGAUCUCAAGCCCACGACGAAGCUCAAUGGCGAGGUCAGCAAGCCAGCCAAGACUGGCGCUGGAGCCGCCGGACAGGUGGAUAAGACGAGCCCCAAGUACAGCAGACGCAGCUCGGCAGCUAGUAUAGCAUCGGCAGGCACCACCGGCAGUGAAGCCGACUCCUUCUACUCGCAACCGUCUCCGCGCAGCCACCUGCCUCGAUCCAAGAAGGGCGGUCUGCUCGGUGGUAUCACACCGGCUAUUCUGAAGCAGCAGCAGCAAGAAGAAGAGGAAGCAAGUCGAGCCACUGCGCCCACUGCCCUCUACUGCUCCGAGCGAUGUCGGGAAAUCGAUCAGCAGACUUCUCUAGCUGGCCUGGCCGAGUUCGGCUUCUAUACGAAUCAGGUCAGUCCUACGUGGCCCCCAGAGUCACCGACACAACCUCGUGGCGCCAUGCCCUCCAGCUUGUCUUCACUCCGUGGUGUGGGACCUCCUGCCAGGGGUUCUGACUCGGUAGAUGGCAAGAUAUGCACUUGCAACGAGUGUCAGGAGAGGAACAGCGCCAGUGGCACAGUACCUAGCGGUGCAAGUGACACCACUGAAGGUUCGGGAGGAUACCCUUAUAGCCGCAUGGGCGCCCCAGUCUAUCGCAAGCAGCGAUCUCAGUCUGGUCGGAUCAUCACCCCACAGAAUCUCAAUCCACCCUCUGGCGGUGAGGACGGCUACUUCCCACGCUAUGCCGAGUCACGCAGACAUCCUUCCAUCAGCUCUACAAAUGUCAACAACAGUACUGCCUCUACUGGCAUGGAAAGCAGACCAUCUCCGGAACGUACAGCAUCGGCGGCCAGUGGCGAGACUGGGCGCAGUGGGACAGGAAGCAGCGCACAGAGUACUGGCAGCUACGCAGAGUUUUGGGAGCCCAAGCUGAGGUCGAGCACAAAGGCCAAGGGCAAGGGCAAGGCGGGACAUUUGGAUGAAGACUCGGAUGCAGCAGGCUCGACAGCCAUCGACGAUCGUGUCUCCCAGCAGGGUAGUAGGACCCGGACAUCCACGGUCCGCGAGCAGUCUCAGGGCAACUCCCAAGGGACUGUCACCCCUGCUGCUCAGGGUCCCAACAGCACUGCCGUACCUAGCGUGGGUAGUCUUCCAGCCGGGGCUAGCUCUCUCAAUCUGCUCAAGAAGCAGAGCAGCAGUUUCCGAAGCUCCCCUUCGGUCGAAUUUUCUGCCGAUAUGGCUCAUAGUCCGGCAUUUGGCAGGCCUCAUCUUGCAGAAAGCUUUGCCAGUGAGCACACAUUGGGCAGCAGCGCCAACACCAUGGUCCAACGUGCGCCAUCCCUUCGCGAACGUCGCAAAGGCAGGGGUAAAUCGCUCAUGCUCGAGUUUCCCGACGCUAGCAGUCACACGGGCAGUCCAGACGAGGUGAAAGCAAAGCCCAACGUCGAUGUCAAUUCCGCUGAAAGGCUCAGCAAGAGCUACUCGAGCCCACGUGUGGACGCCAUCGAUGCCCUUAAGGCUGCAAGUGGCCUGACGCCCGCCACUGCUUCCUCUGCUCGCUUCUCCCCAAAUUCGCAGACGCCCAACAGCGAUGAUACGUCGGAGAGGCGAAACUCAUCUGGAGCUACUCUGCUCUCUUCUGCCUCUUCUGGCUUCCUCAAGGGACUGUCGUCGGCCUGGACUGCCUUCCGAGGUACCACCCCUGCGAUUCCGACUCCUACCCUGAUCGUCCCAGAGGAUGCAAGCACCUCAAGUGGGGGAUCGCAAAGGCGGUCUUCAGCUCAGCUUUCGAGCCCACUGGGCAGAGCGAUCAUGGACUCGAGUCCUGAUGGUCGUCGCGGUCGCUCUUCUGUUGCGUCCAACAACAGCGGCAACAGCGGUAUGCUGUCCAAGUCGGCUGCCUCCGAGAGUCUCUCCAGGAUCAUGUCCAAUACGAACCUGAGUAAGAGCUAUCGAGGCGCUUCGCCCUCUAGUGUUGCUCGCCCAGGAGUGAAUCGAGGUAGUAUCCCGGCCUUUGCAAAGGAGAUUGGACAAGGGCAGAUCCCUGGCGAGCCAGCUGCCAAGGCGGGUCCUCCCUCUCCUCAAGAGUCUGCUGAAGGCAGCGCAUCCUCGCCGCAUCAGCCACGUCGCAAUAGCUCCGCUCUCGGAUUGACGUCCACUGGCGCUACAGAAGAGGAGAAGCGAAGGCGCAGAAAGGCAGAGCAGAGGCAUCAGAGAAGCAAGGAUGUGACCAUGCUUCCUCCACUCCUCGCACCCAGCAAUCGUACAAGCAGCGCAGUCAGUCUUGCUCAACAUCGCUCCAGGAGUGGAAGUCGAUCUGCUGUUGCUCACGGAAACGGCGCGACUUUUACAGUUGGUAGUGCGGGUGCUGGCUCUUACCAUGAGCUGUACAGACCUACGACGCCUUCGCUGUUGACUGCUCGAGCGAGGGAUGGAGCAAGGAGUCCAGAGAUCUCACUCAACGAUGGCGCUCCCGUUGUGCAUGCCGAAGACGAUGCCACCCCGCUGCCAAAGGUCUCGAGUCAACAGGAUCUAUACCGCGCAGGUACCAGCCCCAGGAGAAGUGGCCUCGGUUGGGGUGCCAUGACCCCCAUCACCCCUCACGCUGCUCACCCACCCACCUUUCACCAGCAUCAACCUCAGCCGCAGCGUCAAGGUCCUCGCCUUACUCACCAUCACACCUCGGGUCCUCCCGUUAGUAGAAGUGGAGUAGCCCUCGGCAACAUGGGUCUGCUCGGCCAUCAUCCACACGGCUCUCAAGCGACGUACGGCAGACACAACACCAUGCCCGUCAGGACUACCACGCCAAUCGUUCCCGAGCACGGUGGAGAGAUGAGCGGAGCGGCCCUCACGGGACAGGACGUGGAGAGCUUCUACAGAGAGGCGGCCGCGGCGGCUGCUGCUGGUGCGCACGCGAGACCUCAUUCGGCCAUGAGCAACCGGAGAGGCUCGUACGCCGCCGCCCACGCCCAUCACGGGCUUGCUGCGUCUUCCUCUUCCUCUACACCUGCACUUGCUCAGCACGUCAUCGCAGGCUCUGGGCACGGUCACAGCAAUGUCAUCACUUCUGGUCCUGGCGGUGCUGGAUCGGGUAGGCCGAAAAGUAUGAACAACGCGCAGCGCAGCUCCUACCAAGGUCUCGUGCCUCCCUCGCCCAUCCGAAAUCACUUUGAACCACUGCCCGAUCGUACCUGGUCCUAUGACAAUCUGGCCAACGCGAGCAGCAAGAGUGGUGUCCACCAUCCACAUCACUCAGCUUCGGGAGCAGGUGGAGGACAGCAACCAGGUGGUGUCAGAACUUACUCGGUGCUCACCGUUCCCGGUAGGGAGGAGACGCACGAUAGGUACGACGAGUCCUGGAAUCACGUGGUGCAGAUGCUCGCUGGUGGGACAGCCGCCGCUGCCGCCGAUGGUUCAGCUGUCAACAGUAAAGAUUCGAAGGGGGUCGCUUCUGCUGCUGGGCCGGGUGCUGCUGCUGCUGCUGGGGGUGCUGUCCAAGGUCAUGGAGUGGCUCAUGGCGGAUUGGCAAGUCCUACAAGACCUGGAGCGACGUUGGGGCCUGCAAAGAGGAAACAACUCUUUCACUUUGGUCCUUGAGACCUUGGAGCUGGAGCUUGAUGCGCGAGCGCGAGCGCGAAAUGGCCAUACUGUGCAGCCCUUUCACCUCAGUACGAGCUCGAGCACAAGCACAAGCA